AUGGCGUCUUUGAUCGCUCUCGCCCAGUACAAGUCCCAAAGGGCCGCUCUCAUAGCAGAAGACAGGUCGCACAGACGCGAGUUUCGUAGAACCAACCUCCGCUCUGAACAAGAGAUCGAGGCAGACAGCAUCGUGCGUAGGAUACGAGCUGCAGAGGCAGAGACGAUAUGGAAAGAGGAUCAUUCCUCGAUCCCCCACCCUUUCCCUGGUAUGGAAUUUCUGACUGGCAAGGCUAUCAUCAUGAAAACCAAGUUGUUUGAGAUUUUAAGCAAGAUGCCGAAAGGUGCUCUAUUGCAUGCCCAUCUGGACGCGACCGUCAAUGCAGAAUUCCUUCUCCAGCUGGCUAUGGAACAGCCGGCCAUUCAUGUUCGCCUGAACGAGGCUUUGACACCCGCCAACCUCUCAACAAAUCUUCCUCAAUUUAGACCUUUGCCCGAGGCGGAAUUCUCGAGUCUUUCUAGUCUCACGGACGUGUCGUAUCCGCUGGGUUCAUGGGUCCCUUUAAAGGCUGCCAGAGCUUCGUUCGCGCCGGAAUUCGGUGGCCCUGAAGGAUUCGACAAAUGGGUUAUAGGUUCCAUGACGAUCAACCCCUCAGAAGCGUACGGAACUCAUAACACUGUGGCCAAGAUUUGGCAGAAGUUUACGAGCACUUUUAUCACGUCCACAGGCUUGAUUCGCUUCGAACCCAUAUAUUCAGAAUACAUCAGACAGUUCUUCCGUUCGUCAAUCGAUGACGGAAUCCUAUAUGUCGAACCAAGAAUUAACUUUUUCCCGAAGUUUAUGGUCGGGGCUGAUGGACAGGACAACAUUCCACAUCGCGAGUGGUUGGUUAUGUUCGACCGCGUUUUGAAGGAAGUGAAGGGUGAAAUGGCCCAACAAGGGCGCGGUUUCAUAGGCGCAAGGAUCAUCUACACAACUCUCAGGUUUAUCACGCCGGAAGAACUCGAGUGGUACAUCGAAGACUGCAUGGCUCUCAAGAAGGAAUUCCCUCAUCUGAUCGCAGGAUUUGAUCUUGUCGGGGACGAAAAUGCGCUGAGGCCACUCAUCGAUUAUGCCGAGCCCUUGCUGCACUUUAGAGAAAAGCAAAAGGAAGCAGGCGUCGACAUCCCCUUCAUCUUCCACGCUGGCGAAACUCUGGGCGACGGAACUGAAGCAGACAUCAACCUUUACGAUGCCAUCCUCCUCGGCACCAAACGCAUCGGUCAUGGCUUCUCAUUGGUCAAGCACCCCAAGCUCAUCAAGACAUGCAGGGAGAAAGGCAUUGCAGUCGAAGUGUGCCCAAUUUCGAAUGAAAUCCUGCGUUUGACUUCGUCGAUGCUCAUGCAUCCUCUGCCUGUGUUGUUGAAUAACGGAGUGCCAGUCGCGCUUUGCUCAGAUGAUCCUUCAGUUUUUGGGAAUAUGGGCCUGACAUACGAUUACUUCCAGGUCCUUGCCGCGAGCGAAGUCAACGGUUUAAGUACGCUCGGGACCUUGGCGCGAGACAGCAUCGAGUUCUCUACACUUAAUGCCGAAGAGAAGAAAGAGGCCAUAGUCGUGUUCGAGAGGCAGUGGAACGAGUACAUCGAGCACAUCAUCAAUCACUGGAAGUGA